AUUCAAACGACUUCAGCGGCACGGCGGCGGCCUCUAGUUUUGCUGGGCGGCCGCACAAGCCACAGCGUUGGUUGGUGAUCGCCGCUCCGCCACGUUGAACUGAGGCACUGCCUCGUCGUCCAGGAGAGACCCCCACAUUUCAUCAUUAACAAGCUGCAUUUCAUUAAACGUUCAACCUCACGCCUGUUCCUCCGUAAACACAAAUCAGCAUAUCCAAGCGAAAAUGUUAACAUUCGAUGCCUCGCAGCAGGCAUUCGAGGCUGCCAAGAUUGCCUUCAAAAAGAGCCUAAAAGACGAGAAGAUGUUCAAGGAUCUGCUCGAAACUACUAGCAUCGAAGGGGUCUGGAAAGCGGCAAAGGAGGUUCAGGCAAAGCAAGAUUCUGAGAGACGCCUUCGACAUAUGGCAAAGAUCAAGGGUUUCCUCGGCAAGCUGUCGGAGUAUGCUUCCGCCGUGGAGACCUUUGUACAGGUCAAGCCGGGCAUCUUGGCGUUGAUAUGGGGACCCAUCCGCCUGCUGUUGGUAUGGACUGCCAACAUGGCCAAGUUUGCCGACGCCGUCACCUCAGCAAUGACGAAGAUUGGUGACGCCCUGCCACAGUUUGUCGAGGUUGUCAAGGUUUUCGGUAAGAACGACAAGCUGAAUGACAUGCUGGCACUGUUCUACAGGGACAUCCUCGACUUUUACACCAUAACCUUGGAGUUCUUCGGUUUGUCGCGACGAGGAAUUUUCUUCGAGUCCAUCUGGCCGAAGCAACGGGACAAGGUCGAUGUUGUGGUCAGCAACAUUGAACGGCAUACCGCUUUGAUCAGAAACGAGGUCACAUUACAACACAUCAGAGAAGAGUACGAAGCUCGAGCGAAGUCUUUGGCACACUUCGAUCAGGAGACCGAGUUCCAGGAGCUCCAAAAGUUCCAAACCUUGAGAACGCACGCCUCCCCCCAGAUUUACGACGACCGGCUGGACUGGUUGCUGAAUCGUUCGUGCAAGGGCUCGGCGAAGUGGCUAGUUAGUGACAAGAGCUUCUUGGAGUGGCUUGACAUGUCAAACCCAACCGUGCAGCUGUUGUGGCUGCGAGGGAUACCGGGAGCAGGCAAGACCUUUCUUACGGCAGCGGCUAUCGAGGAGGCCAAGGCACGCCAUCGCACCCUCUUCGUGUUCGCCAGCUACGUAUAUCGGGGCAGCACCACGGCUAGAUCCAUUCUUCAGUCUCUCCUCUUCCAAUUGGCAUUCGAUGCUAAGGAUGUCCAGUCUGUCUUGGUCCAAUCAAAUGAACGGGAUCUACUGGGCAGCACGAAAUACGUCUCAGACCUCCUUAAGAAGCUGCUCAACGGCGUUGGACCAACGUACAUUGUCCUCGACGGACUGGACGAGAUGGAUGCAUUGGAGUGCAGAAUACUGCUGCAAGAGCUUACGAACCUAGAGGACUGCCCCGAGACAAAAAUCCUCGUCAGCAGCAGGCCCGAGGACGACAUCUCCAAGGUUCUGGAGACCAAAGCCACGGGCAUCCGUGUAGACCAGAGGAACUCGGGCAGCAUCCAGUCGUACGUCAACCAGAGGAUACGGGACUGGAUGCACAAUGGGGACUUCGACCAGGAAGCACGGGAGCAGAUACAGCAGCUUCUGGCUCCUCUAGGCGCAAAUGCAAACGGCAUGUUUCUCUACGCUCGCAUCAUCUUGGACAGCGCCGAACAAUUCACCGACCUUGGGGAAAUCGAACGAGAACUCAAAGUACUUCCCCUAGACUUGAAUGACGCGUACCACCGAAUAUUUGCGCGAAUCAACGAAUCGCAACCAGCCUUGCGACAAAAGGCGAGGACGAUUCUUGGCUGGAUUGGAUGUGCCCCUGUUCCCAUGACGCAGCGGGAGAUGGAACAAGCUUUGUUAGUCGACUCCGGCUCCCAAGCCGCUCCUUCAGUCAUGGCUAGCGCAAACAUAACCCGAAUCUGCGGCCCGAUUGUCGAAGUAGUCGAUGAGAGUCCGCAGUUUGUGCAUUUCACGGUCGAAGAAUACAUUUUCAGUCAACAGAUCGGCGAUUUCAUCAACAAGUCCGAGGCUAACUAUAGCCUUGCCAAGUCCUCAUUAACGUACCUCUGUUCUGGGAUAUUCGACGUGGAUCUUUCCAACAAAGGGCUUCAGGGGAACAUCCUCGCCGGCAAAUAUCGACUUCACUGGUUCGCCACGAGUCAUUGGAUUGCCCUGACUAAGCGCUGUGUCGAGAACUCUAAGGAUCUGUCAAUCUACCCGGACCUGCUGGAGCUGCUUACGCGGCUGGCGCUGGAGCUCAGGAACUACAGCUUUGAAGGUCAGGUAGAUGUCAAAGAUGUCGUUUUUCGGAGCAUCGAGUCGGACUGGCCCGAGAUCUCCCAGAUCAUCUGCGGAGUUUCACAGUUUCGUCAGGACGAAAGGCAGACGGAUUGGAACUUUACCAAUGGUCCGACGUGGGUUAAUCUUGACCCUUCCAUAAUGUCGUUUAUGUCGGUCCGCAUCCACGAACAACUUGAGGGGCUGAUGUGCGAUGAGAGAGCCAAACACAAAAAGCCCUGCCACUGCGCAACGUUGCAGAAACACUACGGACCCAAUAUCUUCAAGUGUACGUUCCCCAGCUGUGGCCUUAAUCGGCAGGGGUUCGACACGCGCCACGCUCGGAAGACGCACAUUGACCACCAUGCGCGGCCUUGGAAAUGCUCCGUGCCGUCGUGCCUAUACGCCGUCGUCGGGUUCGCCAAGAUGGGAGCCCGACACGACCACUGGAUGAAAAGGCACCGAGUUUCGGCGCCACCCGACCCAGCGAACCUAGCUCCUCACCAGCUCGACCGGGGUGAUCUCCAGGUGCUAAUGUUCGAGUUGACCAAAGCCGGCGAUAUCGACGGGCUGCAGCGGCUUUUAUCACAAUUUACGCUACGCCCCUGGGAGAGGACACCAGCACUGCUCCUCGCAGCGAAGAUGGGAUCGCUGCCGAUGGUAGAAGUCAUGAGCCACGGGGACGACAAUUUGUUGGACUCGCCGUGGAGGAAGGAUGCUCACAUCCGCGCCAUGGUGAAAAGCGAGAACAAGGACCUCUUCCGGUGGCUGCUGGACCAGCUGGCUAGCUUAGAACGCUUCGAUGGCUACAAAAUCUUGGCUGCCGAGGCCAUCGCCACCACCUCGCCCGAAAUAUAUGCUGAGUGGGAGGAUUUCCUUUUCGACUCGACGCGCCUUUUGGAAGGUGGCAACCCCCAUUACUCGGAUGGCGAGUCAAAUCCAAACAAACCCGACGAGUUUCGUCAGGCCAUGAAGCUGAUACCACAACACAACAAGCGCUCCGUACUGUUCUCCCAGAUAGCCUUCAACGCGACGAGGAAGAACACCAUGUUUGAGGCUCGCCUCAUCCAGACGUGGCACCGGCUCAUCGCCGUCCUCGGCGGUGCCCCCCUGAACCCCCGGUUCCUGGGCUGGUCGCUGACCUGCCUAGCACGGUCAUCGAGCCUCUCCAUCACGAUCGCAACUGAGCUGCUACGGCUCGGAGCCCCACUAGACUUCCCGCGUGGGAAGGACGGCACCAUUCCCACCACCGACCAUAAUCGCCACCAACCAGAGCCAGCCACUCGCCCGCGGAGCCAGACACCGGACCAGCCCGAGGAGCGACGGCGUCGCCAGACACGGCACCGGGGCAUGACGGCGCUGCACUUUGCGUCGCGGGGCACUUCGGAGAAGGCGGCGCGGUUCGUGCGGUUCCUGCUGGAGGAAGGGGCCGACCCGGAGUACGGGUACGCCGGCAGGAGGCCGGCGCAGGAGAGGGCGGCGGCGCUGAUGGAGAAGUGGGUGGGCGAGUCGUGGGAGGAGUUGGUGGAGAGGACUAGGGAGGCGAGGGUGAAGAGGAAGAGGUGGGAUGGAGUGGAGGAGCUGGAGGGGGAGGAUGACGAGUGGGAGGAGGAGGAGGAGGAGGAGGAGGAGGAGGAGGAGGAGGAGGAAGCGCCAGCAGCGAAAAGACGUAGGAAGACGGCGAAGAGGUGAGAAUAUUACGAUGGUGAUGAUGAUGAGGAUUAGGAUGACAGAAUCAAAUUAUAGUUGCUAGCCACCGUUGCGAUAGAGGUGACAGGCGUUCGCGGGGAAAUAUGGGAAGGACAUAGAUACUUGGAAUUACCAGCCAGACUUCAGAGAAACAAGAAUCCCAUUUACCACCCAUAUCAAGAUGCACCAGAGAAAACCCCUUAUCGUGGGUACUGGUUAGAGAACACGUAUCGCCAAAAGCAAACCGAAACGAGAUUGAUGUGACUGCUGUAACCAUGCUCAUGUACGGUACAUUUGCCAAUUUACUUGAGGAACUCGAGGAGUUUCUGAUUGCAUGAUGGUCAGCAUACCUCAGUCUAGCGUGUGUGCGUUUCCCAAUAUUGUUUUCCCUCUCCAACCACGAUUCUCCGCAGCUAGCGGAUUCAUGAGGGGGCCAUGGGCUGAAACUCACCUUCCAUCGCUCCUCGAUAAG